AUGUUUUCAAAUAAUGAUCUUUAUUUGGAGAUUCCCGAAAGCGAUGCUGAUAUGAACACUAAGAAUCUCAAUGAUGGUGUUACUGGUACUCUUUACAGUAGCAUCAAUACUCAUGACAAAAAUCCUCCUGAUACAGACAUUGAUUUAUUAGAAUUUAAUCCAAUAAUAAUUCAUAAUAUUAGUUCUUUAAGAAAUAUGAAUGAUAGCAAAUAUAAAAGUAAGAAGUUCAAUAGUAAAAGUUAUGAGAAUAAUAAUACAGGCAUAAACAUUAUCAAAAAUACAUUCAAAAGAGGAAGUUUGGUUAAAAAUUACCAAUCCUUUUAUUGUAUCUAA